GAUUACCGGGAAACUAUUGAGACAGCAGUGGACACAGAUGAGUCAUCGCAGGAUUCUCGACCAACUAGUGCUAAUUCGAACUCUAACCUUGUCACCGCCAUCAGUCAGCACCGUAAUGUUGCCACCCUCAACUACUGACAUUGCGGAAGAAGGAACACCAUCCCGUUCAUCUAAGGACACACCAGCACGGCGUAAAAGAAGGAGCAUACAAGAAGAGCCGAUCACUUCUGCUAUAAAUCGUUUAGAAAAUAUAACUUCGUCUAUAAACAGACAAGCAGAAUAUGAUGAAUUUCAUUUUUUUGGUUUGAAUAUUGCUGCCCAAUUGCGAGCCUUACCAUUAGAUGAUGCACUAAACGUGCAAACUGAGAUUCAGACAAUUAUAACUGCGGCUAGACGUCGACAUCUGUACCCAAACUUGUCUACAUACUCCACUUCACCCAUACAAAUAAUAAAUUCCACACCUACUUUUACAAAUAUUCAAACUAACAACAGCCAAACCGAAGCAGAAGACGCUUUAAGCAGAGCAUGGAGAUUUUCUUAAAGUAUGUACUUACCAGAUAAUAUGUUAACAAAAAUAAAUGUUUCAUUUGAAAUAAUAUCAGUGUUCUACAUACCCGCAUAUAAUCCUUCAAAGCCCUGUAUAUUGCAUCACAAACUUCUGGUAUAAAUUGAGCUAUGGUAGAUCUCGCAACCCUGUGAAGUGCUUCUAAUGUGUACAUGGAAUCUCCAGC